CUUCAUACACUUUCCACGAUAAACUUGAACUAGGCAAAACCAUUAUCCCGUUGAGGAUAACCGUUCCAUAGCAAUCGAGACGUCUUCAAGAACGCCGGAUAACCUCGCAGGAUGUCUCGGCUUGCUCCUCUAGUGAUCGACAAUGGAACUGGAUACAGCAAGAUGGGUUUUGCUGGAAACUCAGAUCCAUCGUUUGUGUUUCCAACAGCGAUUGCCACCCGUGGUACAUCAGGUGGUGGAAGUGCAUCAGGACCAUCGAUCACCGGUCGACCUUCGAUCCCUUCCAAGCCUGGCGCACUAUCGGCCUCCUCGAACAUUGCUACCAAACGAGGGAUCGACGAUCUAGACUUUUUUAUUGGCGACGAAGCAAUCGCAAAUAGUAAAACUUAUAACGUCAACUAUCCGAUCAGACAUGGUCAGAUCGAAGACUGGGAUCUCAUGGAACGAUUUUGGCAGCAAACAAUAUUCAAAUAUCUCAGGGCUGAGCCGGAGGAUCACCACGUGUUAUUGACAGAGCCACCGAUGAAUGCACCCGAGAACCGCGAGCAAACUGCGGAAAUCAUGUUUGAAGGUUUGAACAUCCAAGGGCUUUACAUUGCCGUUCAGGCGGUCCUUGCACUAGCUGCCAGUUGGUCCAGUAACAAAGUGACUGACCGAACUUUGACGGGCACAGUCAUUGAUUCCGGAGAUGGUGUAACCCACGUAAUUCCUGUGGCAGAAGGAUACGUCAUCGGGUCCUCGAUCAAACAUAUCCCGAUCGCCGGACGAGAUAUCACCUAUUUUGUACAACAGUUACUCAGGGAUCGCAAUGAAUCCUUAAACAUCCCAGUCGACGAGUCUCUGAGGAUUGCUGAGAAGAUCAAAGAGGAUUACGGAUAUGUCUGUGGCGAUAUGGUUAAGGAGUUCCGAAAAUACGACAGUGAACCAGAAAAGUAUAUCAUCAAGCAUGAAGGCUUUGAUACUCGAACUAACAAGGCUUACACUCUUGAUGUGGGAUACGAAAGGUUUUUGGCGGCCGAAGUGUUCUUCAAUCCCGAAAUUUAUAGCUCGGAUUUCCUGACUCCACUACCCGAGGUCGUCGAUAACGUGAUUCAAACUAGUCCAAUUGAUGUCCGUCGAGGAUUGUAUAAGAACAUCGUGUUAUCUGGUGGGUCGACGAUGUAUGAUCAUUUCGGACGUCGACUUCAGCGUGAUUUGAAAUCGAUAGUAGACGAUCGGCUUUAUGCUUCUGAGGUAGCUAGUGGUGGAUUAAUCAAGUCAUCCGGAAUGGAUGUCAAUGUGAUCACCCAUAAGCGUCAACGUUAUGCCGUGUGGUUUGGUGGUAGUCUAAUGGCUUCAACACCUGAGUUUUACAGUCACUGCCACUCGAAAGCAGAUUACAUGGAAUACGGGCCUUCGAUUUGCAGAAGAUAUCAAAUCUUUGGCUCGGCCGUUUAGGCUGCAUCUUAAAUUAUCAUCCUUCUUAAAAUAACUGUUGCAUCAAUCGCAUUCGGUUUUAUUUUCCAUCCAUUUUCAUCGAUUCUCGGCUUGAUGAGUUGGCAGCACAAGCUCCUCAAGCUUGCAGUAUUGUCAGAUAUAACUCUCUUUGUAUUUUUUUUAAAAAAUCUCAGUGGCACGGUUCUUGCAGACACUCCAAGCCAAUCACAUGUCAACAUCAUUGGUUUUUCAUGCUUUUUUAAUAAAAAAAACCUUCCCAUCAAUAACAACAUUCAGUUAGACACCAAUGAAUACCUCGAAGGGGCUAGAUAAUUUCACUUCCUGAAUCUGAAGAAUCUUUGGCUUGUUGUCACAAAGAAACUUGAU